AUGGGACCAGUAUCGGGCGGGUUGGUUAGUGAAAACAAAGCUCGGGAGUCGAAAAUCCACAGCUAUGGAAGGAGCUUCAAUGGAUUCGCCGCCAGAUUGUUGCCUCACGAAGCCGCCAAGCUCUCAAAUGUGGAGGGCGUGGUGUCGGUGUUCCCGAGCAGGAAGCACCGAGUCGUGACCACCAGAUCGUGGGACUUUCUGGGUCUCAAUCACCGCUCCAAACGGAACCCUAAAAUCGAAUCUAAUAUCAUCGUCGCCGUUUUGGAUACUGGGAUUUGGAUAAAUAGCCCUAGUUUCAGCGAUGAAGGCUACGGUCCGCCUCCCGCUAAAUGGAAGGGCCGAUGCGUCACCGGACCUAAUUUCACCGCCUGCAACAACAAAGUGAUCGGUGCUAAUUACUUCGAUCUGGACAAUGUAAGCCAAUUUACAGAGACGAGUGUCGCCGACACGGAGGGGCAUGGCUCUCACACGGCGUCGACUGUGGCAGGCUCGGCAGUGGAGGGGGCGAGUUUGUAUGGCCUGGGCAAAGGGACUGCACGCGGUGGUGUGCCUUCUGCUCGCAUUGCAGUGUACAAAGUGUGCUGGAGUAUUUUCUGUAGCGAUAUGGAUGUUCUUGCAGGCUUCGAUGAGGCCAUUGCUGAUGGCGUUGAUUUCAUUUCCGUCUCCAUUGGCUCGGUGGCUGUGGAUUUCUUCAGGGACAGCCACGCAAUUGGGGCUUUUCAUGCUAUGAAGAAGGGUAUUUUAACGUCCUGCGCCGCUGGCAACGAUGGCCCUGAAUUGUCCACCGUUGUGAAUGUGGCUCCCUGGAUUAUGACCGUAGCUGCAACUGGCAUUGAUAGGCGAUUUGUCACUGCUUUCAAACUCGGGAAUGGCAAGAAAUUUACUGGAUUCUCCAUCAACACUUUCUCGCCCAGGAAUCAAAUGUACUCUCUUACGAGUGGGGCUAAAGCAUCCAACAAUGGCACAACCCUAAGAAACGCAAGUGCUAGUGCUUGUGACGCAGAUGCUCUCAGCCAAAGCAAGGUGAAAGGAAGAAUCGUGUAUUGCUUGACAACAUUCACAGAUUACAACAUCGAAUCCUUAGGAGGCACUGGAAUCAUUGAACUCCUUGAAAAACAAACCGAUUCUUCCCCCAUUUUGCUUCUCCCUGGAGCUGUCAUUCCUCCAGUCUCUGGCAAAUAUAUCGAUCUCUAUAUCAACGCCACCAAGGAUCCUAGAGCUAUCAUUUACAAGAGCAAGACCGUCAAAAUUGCUGCUCCUUUCGUGGCCUCUUUCUCAUCCAGAGGCCCUCAGCUCAUCAGCCCAAAUAUCCUCAAGCCUGAUCUUGCUGCACCAGGGAUAGAUAUCUUGGCUGCUUAUACCAAGUUGUCAAGUUUGACAGGGAAAAUUGCAGACAGUAGAUAUAGCUUGUUCAGUGUAAUGGCAGGUACGUCCAUGGCUUGUCCUCACGCCACUGCGGCUGCUGCCUACGUUAAGUCGUUCCACCCCGACUGGUCUCCGGCUGCAGUCAAGUCGGCUCUCAUGACCACCGCAACGCCAAUGAAGAUCAAGUCUGAGGAUGCUGAGUUUGGCUCUGGAGCUGGACAAGUAAACCCAGCCAAGGCAGUUCAUCCCGGCCUUGUAUACGACAUUUCGCUCGACUCGUACAUAUCUUUCCUCUGCAAAGAAGGCUACAACAGUACAACAAUUGGCCUACUUGUUGGUAGCAAGGAGUAUAACUGCUCCAAGAUCAAGCCUGCUCAAGGCACUGACGGGCUCAACUACCCUACGAUGCACAAACAGCUCUCAGAUCCUGGUUCUGCCAUUACAGCGGUGUUUUAUCGAACCGUGACUCAUGUCGAGUACGGUGCGUCGGUGUACAGGGCAAAUAUAUCAUCUCCAGUUGGUCUCUCUGUCAAAGUUUUUCCAGACAGUCUAGAUUUUGCGAAGGCAGGAGAAAGGAAGACAUUCAAAGUUGUGGUGAAGGGCGAAGCUAUGAGAGAUGGAACUCGGAUUCUAUCAGCUUCACUUGAAUGGAAGGACUCUAAACACGUAGUUAGAAGCAAUAUCCUUAUCUAUAGGCAGUUAUUAAUGUAA